AUGCCCUCACCUUUUCUCAAUCCCGGCGCAUCAUCGGCCGCCGAUCAACUCGCCAUUCUCCAUUUGCGCAGAGACAACUUGGUGCCAGCCAUACUCAAAACACAUGAUGACGAGAACAGAGGUUACAACGAAGGAAAAGUCGAGAACAACCGGUUUGGAUCGUUCCCUCACAGCACUCUAAUCGACAAGCCAUGGGGUUCUCAAAUCGCGGCGUCGCAUGUCGACACUGCGAAAAGAGGAAGAGCAAUGCGGGGUAGCAAGGCGCAAAAACGAAAGGCGGCAGUCCUUGAAGAAGGAAACGGGGAAGCAGGAGAUCAAGAAGAUUCUCAAAAUGCUGCUACAAACCCUGAUGACUCCGCGUCUGCGACGCCAAAGGCUGCGCCAAGCGGAUUUAUUCACAUUUUACCACCAACCCCCGAAUCGUGGACAUCGGGAUUGCCGCAUCGAACACAAGUGGUGUAUACGCCAGACUACAGCUAUAUACUCCAGAGGCUACGCGUUUGGCCUGGAAAGACUAUUAUAGAGGCCGGAGCAGGAAGUGGUUCCUUCACCCACGCAGCCGCUCGAGCGGUGUUCAACGGGUAUCAACCGGCUCACAAGAAACAAAGGCUCGGCCAAGUCUGCAGCUUCGAAUUCCACGAGACAAGAGCCGGCAAGAUACAGGCAGAGGUGAAAGACCACGGCUUAGAGGAUGUUGUCAAGGUAACACAUCGUGAUGUCUACAAUGACGGGUUUUUGCUGGGCGAUCCAAAGACUGGACAGUCGCCCAAGGCAAAUGCUAUUUUUCUGGAUUUACCAGCGCCAUGGCUAGCACUCAAACAUCUCGUUCGAGACCCUGAGGAUGGCUCGGCGUCACCGUUAGACCCGUCUUCGCCUGUACAUUUAUGCACAUUUUCGCCCUGUAUAGAGCAAGUGCAGCAAACCAUCAAAACUAUGCGGCAGCUUGGUUGGCUGUCAAUUUCAAUGGUGGAAGUCGUCCACCGACGGCUGGAGGUUCGGAGGGAGGUAAUCGGCCUAGAUACAGAAGGAAUACCGCGCGCCGCUGUAUUUCCCAAAUCAGUAGACGAGGCGCUGGGAAAACUACGAGUCGUGGAAAAGCGGAUGAGAGAGUACCGCAAAAUUCAGAAGGAAGCCCAGUCUGCUGAAGGUGGCAUUGUCGAUGGUGCUGCUGACAAGGAAAAUGGAAAGGUGAAUGAAGACGAUAUCACCACCAAAACAGACGGAUCGGUUGAAUCUCAGUCCUCAACAGUUAAAAGGAAAGAGACGGACAGAACUACCCCCAUAUAUGAACUCGGUCGCUUAAUUCACCGCACCGAGCAAGAUCUUAAAACUCAUACGUCGUAUCUUGUUUUCUCUGUUUUGCCGCGUUCUUGGUCGGAAGAAGACGAGCGGAAACAGAGGGAACUAUGGCCAUCGCGGUCCACAAAAUAG